GUCUUCCCCUGCUCCUCCCUUCUCCAAAUCGCUGCUGCACGGCACCGGUGUGCGGUGCCGCACGGGCUGGCCGGCCGCCCCGAAACACCCAACACCGGGAGAGCCGCGGCGCCGGGGCUGGCGGAGAUGCCGCUGGAGGACGGGGACCCGGUGAGGUGGAGGGGACAGCAGGUCAACGGCGAGGUCAGCGGUACCCCCUGCGUCAGGGGGACAGGGGACCCCCCGCCCCAGGACAUGCCACCUACCGAUGGCAGCAGGACGGAGACGAUGGCAGAGGGCUGGGAGCCACGUGCAGCACGGGGUGACAGGGAUGUGACCCCUGGGGGGGCCCCACAGCAAGUGGGGCAGGAGCCGGGGCGGCGUGAGGAAGCCCUGAUGGUGGAGCUCUCGGAGCUGGUGCAGAGAGUGGUGAAGAGCAGCAGCUGGUGGGAACGGCAUGGUGUGGACAUCAGCAUCCUCGCCUUCAGCUUCCUCCUGCUGCCGGCAGGGUUCCUGUGCCUGCGGUCAGCCCAGGCCAUCCCUUUCCUGGCGGGCAUCCUCAUCCUCGGCGUGGUGCAUCACACCCUGACUGUGAAGGGCAGCCACCUGGCCAGUCACAAUGCCUUGACUGAGUCCAAGUCCUGGGGCAAAGUGUGGGCCAUCUUCUUCAUUGAGAUCUGCUCAGCUUUCACAGCUGAGCAGGCCACCUUCAACCAUGUGAAGAUCCACCACGGCUACACCAACGUCAUUGGCCUGGGGGACUCCAGCACCUGGAAGCUGCCUUUCCUGAACCGCUACAUCUACAUGUUCAUCGCGCCUCUUGCAGUGCCCAUCAUAACCCCUCUGGUUGCUCUUGAUUUGUUGAGGAAUGUGGAGUGGAAAGCGGCUCUCCGGACCCUCUGCUGCAUGUUUCUGGGUCUUUACUGCCAUUACUGGCUGCUGCUCCAUGUCUCAGGCUUCCAGUCACCGUGGUCAGCCCUGCUCUGCAUGCUGCUCACCCGCUCCCUCCUGGCCCAUCCCUACAUCCACGUCAACAUAUUCCAGCACAUCGGCCUCCCCAUGUUUGCGGCCGAUCGGAAACCCAAGCGGAUCCACCUCAUGAGCCUGGGCGUCCUCAACCUGCCCCGCAACGCCCUGCUCGACUGGUCCUUCGGCCACUCGCUCAUCAGCUGCCAUGUGGAGCAUCAUCUCUUCCCCAGCCUCUCCGACAACAUGUGCCUGAAGAUCAAACCCAUCGUCUCCCAGUACCUGAAGCAGAAGAAGCUGCCAUACAAUGAGGACACCUACACCUCCAGGCUCCGGCUCUUCCUCCGGAGAUACGAGGAGCUGAUGGUCCACACUCCCCCCAUAACAGAGCUCGUGGGCAUCCAGUGAGGACAGGGCCCCAGGGCUCGUGGGGCUGCUUUCUGUGGGACUUGUGGCAGGGGUGGUUUUAGCAGGAUCCGGGCUACACAGACACAUGCUUCCAUAAAGCCAUCGCGUAGGAAA